AUGAGCCCAACAACACGAACGCUAUCCAUCCUCACCGGCCCCCAUCCCCGUGGUCGGCCUCGCUCGCCGCGCCAAGCCGCGGCCCGGUCGUCCGCCCGGCGGCCAAGCCCAAGGGCGGGGAGGGGGCCACCCGCGCUCGCGCAGCGUGGUAGCGGCGGAUGCGUCCUGAUCGACGCGUUUCAAUACGCCAUUACCGGUUGCCGAACCGGUGUCAUCGCCUACAAUUGGGCGAUAUCCCACAAAUCGUGGAACAAGUACAUGCACGCCUUGCAUGGCAACACUGUUGGCACGCGGAGCACUGCAGCACGCGAUGCCGAAACACACCCGGCGCAAGAGCCGCACCAGGCGCAAGAGCCACAACAGGCGCAAGAGCCGCACCCGGCGCAAGAGCCACAACAGGCGCAAGAGCCACCACCGGUGCAAGAGCCGCACCUGGCGCAAGAGCCAGAACCGCAGGCGCAAGAGCCACCACCGGCGCAAGAGCCACUUCAGGCGCAAGGGCCAUCACAGGCGCAACAACUGCCAACACUGGAUCGGGACCAGCCGCCAACCCAGGAUCGAGACCGAGAGUCACAGCCGCAAGAGGCACCCCAGGCGCAAGAGCCCCCACAGCUAGCGCUGCCGCCGCCCGAGCUGAAAGGGAGGCGAUGA